AUGGUGCUGCUGAGUCCAUCAAUCGGAGGGUUAAGAAAAUUAUUAGAGAUUUGCGAGUCGUAUGCGAGGGCUCACGGCUUAGUUUACAAUGCUAAGAAAAGUAAGAUCCUCGUGUUUAAGGCUGGUAACCGGUUACCAGGUCAUGUACCGACAAUUACCUUAAACGGGGCAGCAUUCAGCAGAGUCAACAAAUUUAAAUAUUUAGGCACUAUAAUCACUGCUGAUUUGAACGAUGAUGACGAUAUUGAGAGAGAGCGUAGGGCGCUGGCGGUGAGAAGCAAUAUGCUCGCACGCAGGUUCGCACGUGGUACUACGGGUGUCAAGAUUACCCUAUUCCGGGCUUUUUGUCAGUCCUUUUACUCGGGUGGUCUGUGGGUGAGCUACACGCGUCGAGCCUACAACGCACUACGUGUUCAGUAUAAUAAUGCCUUCAGAGUGCUGUUGCGGCUACCGCGGUUUUGCAGCGCCUCAGGAAUGUUCGUGGAUGCACGGGUCGAUGGAUUUCACGCGAUUAUGCGUAAAAAAGCAUCGUCCCUGCUGCGGCGCAUGAGGGCCAGCACAACAGCAUCCUGA